UACAGACCCUGUCAAAUAUGGGAAAUGACCACUGUUGGACAUUUGAGUCACAGCCUUGUCUGAACACAGUGAGUGGGAUGUUUACAUAUGAACCCCUUAUCGAACGCUGAGCUGGUGACCUUGUUCAGAUAAAUAUCCCCCCAGAGUCAAACUGCUCCUCAUUCUCCAAGAAGACAAGACCACAACUGGUGGCUAAAGCAACAUGGCUCCAUCACUUCUCGCAACGGCAGGAGGACUUCUGUUACUUUUCUCCUUCUCAUCAGCACAAAUAAGAGGAGACAGUCUCUCGUCAAUCUGCAACCCAAAUGACGGCUUUGGAAGAUAUUGUCCUACUACAUGUGGAGUGGCUGAUUACCUACUGAGGUAUACGCCAGGAGUUACCAGGGAUUUGGAGAAAUUGCAAAGAGACCUGGAAACAAUUGCUAAUUUGACCCAUGGGGCUGAAGAAAAAAUUGUCUACAUGAAAGACUCCACUGUUUCAGCUCAAAAGAGUUCCCCACAUGACUCAUACUUCAAAAAGUCAUCGAAUAUGCUGGAGGAUGUCCUUCGCUUUGAAAAGACCAUCAUUGCGCAGGAACAACAAAUGUUUGAACUUCAGAACGUAAUUGCAUCCAACGAGAGGAGAAUGGCAGAAUUGAAACAACUCUCCAUUCAGCUGCAGCAGAAAUGCAGUGAGCCUUGCCAAGACACAGUUGAGAUCCAACCCAUCACAGGAACAGACUGCCAGGAUGUUGCAAACAAAGGUGCUACCAGCAGCGGUCUUUACUUUGUGAAGCCAGCGAAAGCCACUGAGCAGUUCCUGGUCUACUGUGAGAUUGAUAGCUUUGGACGCGGCUUCACUGUGAUACAGAGGAGACGUGAUGGCAGUGUGGACUUCCACAAGGACUGGGUCCAGUACAAGGAGGGCUUUGGUUAUCUCUCCCCAGACGACACUACCGAGUUCUGGCUCGGCAACGAGAAGAUGCAUCUGCUGACUUCCAGUACGAACUUCCCAACUGUGCUGAGGAUAGAACUUGUUGACUGGGAGGGCAACAAGAGGUAUGCAGACUACACCAUGUUCAGAGUGGGGUCAGAGGCCGACAAUUACCGUCUCACCUAUGGUUACUACUUUGGCGGUGACGCAGGAGAUGCUUUCGAUGGCUUCGACUUUGGAGAUGACCCCAGCGACAAGUUCUACACAUCUCACAACGGCAUGCAGUUCAGUACCGUUGACAAGGACAAUGACAAGUAUGAUGGCAACUGUGCUCAGCAGGACGGCUCUGGCUGGUGGAUGAACAGGUGUCAUGCUGCGCAUUUGAACGGCAAAUACUACCAGGGUGGCAGGUACACAGAAAAGGAUGCAGGUGAAUACGGCUUCGACAACGGCAUCAUUUGGGUCACAUGGCACAACCGCUGGUACUCGCUGAAAGAGACCACCAUGAAGCUCAUUCCCCUCAGCCGCAUCGCAGCAGGUGGUGAACAGCAGGCCGGUGUGAAACAGUUUGCCGGACUUGGAGAUUCCUAAAAAGUAAACACAUGUGUUUGAAGUCUACUCUUAAUGUGUUCAGCACAACAACACUGACACCACCUUAGAUCAAAUAAAAUGCCUCCAUGGAAAAGUUCUGACUUCAUGAUGUGUUUUCAUGUGAUGCUUGCACGCCGUGGUGAUCUCACCCAGCUGGACACUGAUGUUCACAUUUUCUCCCUUCCUUCUUCAGUGUUGUUUUGAGCACUACAUAAAUGUAUUUUCUUUACCAGAUAUGGUUUGUCAUUUGGACUCAAUUGGCACCAGUUUGGAAGCACCUACCUUGUGAAGUCCAUAUUUCAAACAGCUGUUUUAUAAAACAAUAUGGAGAUGAGACUAAAAAAGAAAUAAUCGGGAAAGCUAACAGAGGAUACGUGUCUGAAUUAACUCUGCAAUACUUUCAAAUGUUUUGUCAUAAUACACCAUAAGUAUACGACUGUAUGUAAUGCGGUGCACAGCCCUCAAAUAAAUAUCAUCUUAAAUAUAAA